AUGAUGACAUUGUUCAUGGCUUUGGGCAGUGCUCAAAGAUUUCCCAUGACGUGUGAUAAGUUUCCCAGGGUUUGCAGGGCAAGAGGAAGUCCAGGUCCAGACUGUUGCAGGAGAACGUGUGUUAAUGUUAUGAUUGAUAGCUUUAAUUGUGGGAAGUGUGGAAGAAGGUGCAAAUAUGGAGAGGCAUGUUGUGGAGGGAACUGUGUUAAUGUUUUUUAUGAUCCCAAGAACUGUGGAGGUUGCAAGCGUAAGUGUGUUAAGGGUGCUUAUUGUAGUUAUGGGAUGUGUAGUUAUGGUUCUUGA